UUCCGUUUCCUUCACCUAUUGUCGAAAAAAAGAAGGGAAAAUGAAAUAAUAUACACGGAGUUGUGACUAAAGUUGUAGUUGUAGGGUUUUGAGUAGCAGAAGAUAGAGUAACUCUAUCGACCACAUCCCUUUACACCAUCUACAUUCAUCAUAAUCAUCGUCGUCAUCAUCAUCAUCAUCUCGGCUCAAGAUGUCGGCUGAGUUCCCAGCUUAUUUUCACUCAAAUCUGAGGCAGCCACCAACUACACUGUGUUCAGUGCACGUAGAUGAAAAGAUGAAAGACUGGGAGAGGGGAAAUUUCAAAACAGAGAGGAGUCCGUACGUUGUGAACGGCGUACCAAUCUCCCGCUCGGUAGAGGGUUGUUGUAUCAAGGACCCCUGCUCGUGCCGAUCUGACGUCAUCUUCUACAACGGUCAAGCCUACGACCAGAAGCCAUAUAUUGAAUGCCAUCUCCGCACCAGACCUGGAGACGUAAUGUAUCUGGAGGGAAAACUCAUUCCGCCUUUCAAUCCUGGCAAAUCCAUUUCAAGAUUUGGAGCUUACAGAUCUCGGGGGAAACCUCCUCAGAGCCAAUGCUUCAACAACACCAAGUUUGGCCGGGGACUACACCCCUGCUGUACGGCCUCCAAGUACAACGAUUCAGUGCCACCUUACCACAACACACACAACCAAGCCUUUACAAGAGAGGGUCUUCCUUACGGGGAGACAUUGGGCUUCUUCAGGUUCAAACCAACCAAGAUCUGCGACUGCCGGCCCGUGCCGGUCCAGAGGCUGGGUGAGUGCUGUACAUGUGAGCCAGGAGAGUACAACCCCGCCCAGUACGUGCAAGACGACUGCCCACCCCGCCCAUGCUGUUGCUGACCUCGCCCACAUUCAGAUGCACAGCCCGCCCAUGCUACUGUUGACCACGCCCACAUUCAGAUGUACAGCCCCGCCCAUGCUGCUGUUGACCACACCCACAUUCAGAUGUACAGCCCCGCCCAAAGUUCAACUGGCCACGCCCACAUACUGACCGUCCAUUACAACCACCCAUUGGUGUGUCGAUUCUGCUGUUGACCACGCCCAUCCACAAAGAUGAUGUCCCGCCCACGUGGUUGUAGGCCACAACCACUCGAUAUCACUUUCUGAGCAGCCAAACAAGGAAUUAUAGUUUCCAGAAGAAAAAAAAGCUAUGCUUGUGACCAAUCCAGCCCAUUUCAUUCGUGACCAGACCCAAGAGUUGGCAAAACCAUUUCAUACACUGGGCAAAUAAACAUAAUUCUGUAUUAGCAAAA